ACCAGGAACUGGUUCCGCAGCAUCUCCUUUGUUCCUUUGUCGUCAUGAUUUGCAGACGGGCGUUGUUUUGCUUCAGGCCUGGAACUGCCCGGUGGCAUGCCACCCACGCCUCAAAGCCUUUGGGCUUCAUUGGUCUGGGCAACAUGGGUGGUCCCAUGGCACGCAACUUGAUGAAGGCCGGCCACGAGGUGGUGGGCUUCGAUGUGUCUGCCUCCAACCUGGCCGCCUUUGCCGACGCCGGUGGUCGACCCUUGGAGUCUCCGUUGGCUGUGGCCUCCGUGGCCAAGACCGUGGUCACCAUGCUGCCCCAGGGAAGUCACGUCUUAGAGGUCUAUGGUGGCAAAGAGGGGCUGCUGGCUGAUGGGGGAGCGGAGAAUGGAUCGUUGCUGAUCGACUGCUCCACCUGCGAGCCGGCGAUCGGGCAGCAGGUGGCGCGGAUGGCGAGUGAACGAGGCGUUUCAGCUGUGGAUGCUCCUGUGUCUGGAGGGACACCAGCAGCAGAGCAGGCGACCCUGACCUUCAUGGUGGGUGGGCCAGAGCCUUUGUUUCAAGCGGCCAGCGCGAUCCUUCAGCACAUGGGGAAGAAGGUCGUGUACUGUGGUGAUGCCGGCAUGGGUCAGGCCGCCAAGCUGUGUAACAACCUGGUGCUGGGCAUCACUAUGGCCGGUGUUUGUGAGGGCCAUGCUCUGGCGGAGCGCUUGGGCCUUGAUCAGAAGAAGCUGGCGGAGAUCCUGAACACGAGCUCUGGCAGGUGCUGGAGCAGCGAGGUCUACAAUCCCUGCCCAGGGGUGAUGGAAGGAGUUCCUGCAGCUCGAGGGUACACCGGAGGCUUUGCCUGCGACUUGAUGCUCAAGGACCUGGGUCUGGCGACGGGCGCUGCCCUGGCAUCCAAACCCAAGUUGGGCUUACCGAUGGGAGGCUUGGCCCUCCAAAUGUACUCGCAGAUGAGUGCUCGAGGUGAUGGAACGAAGGAUUUCUCGGGGCUCUUCCUACAUAUUUCUGAGAAGAAAGAAUAGGCCGCGACUCGGCGCGCGACUCGAGCCGAGAUCGUGGUGCAACGUUGUGUGCACCCGAGUCUUUUGGACCUGGUGCAUCUAUCUCGCCUCACUAGCUAGGGGCUAUUUGCACGCUUUUGUUUUAAUCAGGGCUCGAAAAUGUGUCUCUCCUCCCUUGACUGAGC